UAGAAAACAGCCACACACACGCACUCACGGCAGCUUCAUAUGACACGGUGCGGACCUGCGGAUUUCCAAACACAUAUGUGCUAUUUCUCGCGUGAAAAGGCGCUCUUUUUACACUUUAAAACAUUAUUUGAAAUUUCCUCUUCCAUCCCGGGCUGUGUGGGAUGUGCGCGACUUUUCAACUUUAGCUGCUUGGAUGGUUUCAGGAGCGCUUCCAAGUGCGCAAAAACGUGCCCGACUGCCAUUGAACCGACUGAUGCCCCCCUCUCUGUCUGAGUCGCAGUGAAUCAUGUCACGCCGGAAGCAGAAGCGACCCCAGCAUCUAGUUAACGCGGAUCCGGGGGGCCCAAGGCUGCUAUCUCACGAUGAUCACCUGGGCAUGAAGUCACCAUCCACAUCUCUUGGCUCAGAAGUGACCUCAUCAGGGUCCUCCUCCUCAUCCCCCACCUCUCUACAAGACUGCCAGCCGCCUCUGGCCCCUCGCCCAUCCCCUGGUGGGCUCCACGCGCCCUCCUUGCCCAGCGAGAGCUCGCCUCCUCCCCACUGGCCCAGCCACAUCGCCCCCUUCACCACCUCCCUCCCGAACACCCACUCCUCCCUCUCCCCAGACUUCCCUCACCCGUCGCUGUCCUCCCAGACUCACUCGCCCCCUCCCCUGGGUCAAACCUCAGGUUCCCACAGCCUGGCCCACCAAGGGAACUCUCACUCCACCAUGACCUCCCCGACGAUGGGCAGCUCGGCCGCCACCACUACCUCCUCCUCCUCUUCCUCCUCCCUGUCUUCUCAGUAUGUGGCGCCUCACCGCGACAGCUCCAGUCCGGGUCACCAGCAGACCUCCGGCUCCCCGGGGCAGCAGGUGUCGCCCACUCUAGCCGUGCUCUUGGAGGAGCUGAGGGUUUUGCAGCAGAGGCAAAUCCACCAGAUGCAGAUAACGGAGGAGAUCUGUCGGCACGUUCUGAGGCUCGGAGGUGCCGUCUUCGGCCAAGAUAAUAACUCACAGGCCAGCGGUGCGGACAGCAACCAGAAGUCCACCGGAGCAUCGUCCUCGUCCCCGACACACCCCUCCACCGCCACGCCGGUCACCACAGCCUCCUCGCUCCUGACUGGCCUCCCGUCGUCCCUCUUCCCCCAGCCGUCCGUCUCUAAAUCCGGUGCUUCACAUGUCAAUGGCAGCCGAGCUUCAUCCUCCUCUACCUCUUCCUCAUCUGUUUCAUCCACCAUCAGCUCUUCUGUUGCCUCCCUGCACCCGCUGUCCCUGUCACUGGGCUUACCGCCGCGCUACCUCCACGAGAAAUCCUCCAACACCUCCUCGUUCGGCCACAGCAACGGCAUGAGUUUCUCCACCCCUCCCCUUCCCGCGGCCAGCCAUUCCCAGGAGUCCCAGCCCAGCUCCUCCCUGGGCUCCGCAGCCUCCUCAUCAGGGCGCCCUCAGCACGUGUGCCGUUUUUGCGGGAAGGUGCUAAGCAGCGAUUCGUCGCUCCAGAUCCAUCUGAGGUCGCACACAGGCGAACGGCCCUACCAGUGUCCCGUCUGCUUGAGCCGCUUCACCACCAGAGGGAACCUCAAAGCCCAUUUCCUGCGGCACAGAGAGCAGAACCCGGAGCUGUCCCUCUCCCUGCUGCCGCCGGCGCUGUCCGAGCAGACGCAGAGCGCUCCGGGUGCCAUGCAGAGGAGGAGGAAGCGGCGGGCUGACGACGACGAGCCGUUCAACGGAGUGAAAGGAAGCAUUCCUGGGAUGACGGAGAACAUGGCUCUAGGGUUCCUGUCUGCUGCGUCCCCUCGGCCUUCACCUUCCUCUCUACCUCUGCCCCCCUCAGUGGACAUGGCGCUGCUGUCCACAGCCCACUCCCUGCUCCAGCUCAACAGAGCCUCGGCUGCAGCUGCUGCCGGCGCGUCCAGCACCGGGCUGCCUCCCUCCUCUUCCUCCUCGUCCUCCUCCUCCUCCAUGGGCGGCCAGUUCAAAGGAGCAAAGCAGCAGCGGUUUGAUGAAAACACACCUCCUCACUCCUCCCUCCAUUCAACCUCCCCGUACUCCCAACUGGCCCACCUACCCAAGAUCCUCUUCCCUGGAGGUACCUCCCCUCACCACCUUGCACUUCUUCGGCCCCCUGGCCACCCAUCCGCCUCCCACCUCGCUUCGCCUCACCAGCUGCCCUUCCCCUUCCCACCUUUCCCCAAACCGUCAACCUCCUCCCCGUCUUCGUCCUCUCCCGCCUCCUCCACCCAGACCUCAGACACCUCCAAGCUGCAGCGCCUGGUGCAGAAGCUUGAAAAGCAUCCACAGGGAGGCGCCUCCUCCAGCUCCUCACUAAGCUCUGCUGAAGCCAACGGGGACACACAAGGACAGGACCUGUCCACCACCUCCAGUGCCUAUCGCAGGGAAAUGCUCGCUGCUCUCGGCCUGAGCCCAAGUGCCAAUGCUAUUGGACUAAUGACCAGCCAGGGACUCUCAGGUUCUGGCACCACGACUACCACGACGACCCAUUCCCUGCCCACCGCCCAGGCCGCUAACCAGUGUGGAGUGUGUCUGCGUGUUCUCAGCUGCCCCAGAGCGCUGCGUUUGCACCAGGCCACACAUCUGGGAGAGCGCCCAUUCCCUUGUAAGCUGUGCGGCCGUUCCUUCUCCACCAAGGGCAGCCUCAGAGCCCACCUGGCCACCCACCGCGCAAGACCGGCCAACUCCCGUGCCUUGAACUCCUGCCCGUUGUGCCCGCGCAAGUUCACCAAUGCCUUGGUCCUUCAGCACCACAUCCGCCUGCACCUCGGAGGGCAAAUACCGCCUGAUGAGGACAUGCCUCCUGAAGAUGCUGCAGAAACAGAAGCUGCUGUCUUUAACGAGAAUAACUCCCCAUCUAAAGCCCAGCAGCUCCUUCCUCUGGCCUUAACAACAAACUCCAAGUCUCCAACUCUCAACUCAGGCUCGUCCAAGAAAUCCACAGCUGCUGAUGCCACAUCUGUGAAGACGGAGGAAUCAGAGGGCUCCACGCCCAGUGUCAGCCCACCCUUGACCCGUAAUCCCCCCUCAGCGGGAGCCGAGGACCCCCUGCGUCUGGGAGACGACGCCCCAGCCGAUGUCAGUCCCACCAGCGGCUCCGCGUACUCUGAGGAGGAGACCCACGCUGACCCGGGCAGCACCAGCCCUUUCAAAGCACCCUUAGCUAGCUCUCAUUCAGGGGUGGUGAAUGGAGACGCAGAUGACGCCCCUCUUUCCCUCUGCGUUUCAAAGCCGGGAGUAGAAAACGACACGCCGCACACGGGGGUAAAUACUGACGAAGCCUGCACAGACAAACCCGCCGCAAGUCUUGAUUCCAACCCCAAACCGCCAGCUGCAAACCCCUCACCUGCACUCACCCCGCCUGCUAGCCCCAAAGCUGCCCCCGAAGCAGAGGCAGCCGGUGGCAGCGCGCCGCAGGAGCCACCGGAGAGCGACGAGGCCCAAAGCAACGACAAGAACGAGGCGGAGCUGGAGCCAGAGCCGGAGAAGGAUGCGGCAGUGGAGGAGGGUCACGGCGUGCAAGAGAAGCCCUCAGAGGACCCGGAGGAGCCCUCCGUCCCAGCACCGGCACCCAACACGCAGCCCCCCCGCCCCGAUAAACCCUACAGCUGCUCCCAGUGCGGGAAGGCGUACGCCAGCCGGAGCGGACUAAAGUGUCAUCUACAGGUUCACACUGGAGAGAAACCUUACAGCUGUGACCAAUGUGGGAACACUUUCACCAGGGCACAGAGCCUGAGAGAACAUCAACGCAUUCAUACUGGAGAGAAACCGUACAGCUGUGACCAGUGUGGGAAGACUUUCACCAGGGCACAGAACCUGAGAGAACAUCAACGCAUUCAUACUGGAGAGAAACCGUACAGCUGUGACCAGUGUGGGAACACUUUCACCGCCGCACAGCACCUGAGAACACAUCAACGCACUCAUACUGGAGAGAAACCGUAUGGCUGCGACCAAUGUGAUAAAACCUUUUCGCAAUCGAGUAACCUUGAUGUUCACCGCCGCAUUCAUACUGGAGAAAAACCGUACAGCUGUGACCAGUGUGGGAACACUUUCACCACUGCACACCAUCUGAAACUGCAUCAACGCAUUCACACUGGAGAGAAACCGUACAGCUGUGACCAAUGUGGGAACACUUUCACCACUGCACGGUCCCUGAGACAGCAUCAACACAUUCAUACUGGUGAGAAACCGUACAGCUGUGACCAGUGUGGGAAGACUUUCACCACUGCACGGUCCCUGAGACAGCAUCAACACGUUCAUACUGGUGAGAAACCGUACAGCUGUGACCAGUGUGGGAACACUUUCACCAGGGCACAGAACCUGAGAGAACAUCAACGCAUUCAUACUGGAGAGAAACCGUACAGCUGUGACCAGUGUGGGAACACUUUCACCAGGGCACAGAACCUGAGAGAACAUCAACGCAUUCAUACUGGAGAGAAACCGUACAGCUGUGACCAGUGUGGGAACACUUUCACCAGGGCACAGAACCUGAGAGAACAUCAACGCAUUCAUACUGGAGAGAAACCGUAUGGCUGCGACCAAUGUGAUAAAACCUUUUCGCAAUCGAGUAACCUUGAUGUUCACCGCCGCAUUCAUACUGGAGAGAAACCGUACAGCUGUGACCAGUGUGGGAACACUUUCACCACUGCACACCAUCUGAAACUGCAUCAAUGCAUUCACACUGGAGAGAAACCGUACAGCUGUGACCAAUGUGGGAACACUUUCGCCACUGCACGGUCCCUGAGACAGCAUCAACACAUUCAUACUGGUGAGAAACCGUACAGCUGUGACCAGUGUGGGAAGACUUUCACCACUGCACGGUCCCUGAGACAGCAUCAACACAUUCAUACUGGUGAGAAACCGUACAGCUGUGACCAGUGUGGGAACACUUUCACCACUGCACGGUCCCUGAGACAGCAUCAAAACAUUCAUACUGGAGAGAAACCAUACAGCUGUGCCCAGUGUGAUAAAACCUUUUCGCAUAGGAGUUCCCUUUAUAUUCACAGACGCAUUCACACUGGAGAGAAACCAUACGGCUGUGACCAGUGUGGGAACACUUUCACCACGGCACAGCACCUGAGACUGCAUCAACGCAUUCACACUGGAGAGAAACCAUACAGAUGUGACCAGUGUGAUAAAACAUUUUCGCAUAAGGGUACUCUUGAUUAUCAUCGACGUGUUCACUCUGGAGAGAAACCGUACAACUGUGAUCAGUGUGAGACCGCUUUCACCACAGCACAGAACCUGAAAACACAUCGACGUAUUCACACUGGAGAGAAACCAUACAGAUGUGACCAGUGUCAUAAAACCUUUUCGCAAAGGGGUAAUCUAGAUGUACAUUUCCGCAUCCAUACUGGAGAGAGACCUUACAGCUGUGACCAAUGUGGCAACACUUUCCGUCAAAUAAAGAACCUGAGAAUGCAUCAACGCAUCCAUACUGGAGAGAAACCUUACAGCUGUGACCAAUGUGGCAACACUUUCAGUCAAAUACGGAGCCUGAGAAUGCACCAACGCAUCCAUACUGGAGAGAAACCUUACAGCUGUGACCAAUGCAACAAGUCCUUUGCUCAAAAGAGUGCCUGGAGGACCCACACAAAUGGUCAUACUGGAGAGAAACCAUACAGCUGUGACAAAUGUAACAAGUCCUUUGCUGCACAGAGUUCCUUGAGCGUCCACAAGCAUGUUCAUACUGGAGAGAAACCAUACAGCUGUGACCAAUGUAACAAGUCCUUUGCUCAACAGAGUAAUCUUGAAGUCCACCGACGCAUUCACACUGGAGAGAAGCCGUACCCCUGUGACCAAUGUGGGAAAACCUUUACUCAGAGUUCUCACCUUAAAACUCACCAACGGGUUCACACUGGAGAGAAACCCUACCGUUGUUUGCUCUGUGACAAAUCCUUCACAACAGCUGGAAGUUUAAAGAUACAUCUACGGAUUCACACUGGAGAGAAGCCGUACAGCUGUGACCAAUGUGGGAAAGCUUUUACCUGGGCACAGAGCCUUAGACAACAUAAACUAAUUCACUCUGGAGAGAAGCCGUACAGCUGUGACCAGUGUGGGAAAGCUUUUAACACUGCAAAGCACCUGAAACGGCAUCAACGCAUUCACACUGGAGAGAAGCCGUACAGCUGUGACCGAUGUGGGAAAGCUUUUACCACUGCACAGCACCUGAAAGGGCAUCAACGCAUUCACACUGGAGAGAAGCCGUACAGCUGUGACCAAUGUGGGAAAGCUUUCACCUGGACACAGAGCCUUAGACAACAUAAACUAAUUCACUCUGGAGAGAACCCGUACAGCUGUGACCAGUGUGGGAAUUCUUUCACCACUGCACAGCACCUGAAACAGCAUCAGCGCAUUAACACUGGAGAGAAGCCAUACAGCUGUGACCAGUGUGGGAACACUUUCACCACUGCAUGGGACCUAAAACGGCAUCACCGCAUUCACACUGGAGAGAAGCCAUACAGCUGUGACCAGUGUGGGAAAGCUUUCAAUCGGGCAGGUAACCUGAAACAACAUCAACUCAUUCAUUCUGGAGAAAAACUGUACAGUUGUGAUAAGUGUGGGAGAGCUUUCAACAACUCACCGAACCUGAGACAGCAUAAACGAAUUCACACUGGAGAGAAGCCGUACAGCUGUGAUCAGUGUGGGAAUUCUUUCACUCAGGCACGUCACCUGAGAAGGCAUGAACUCAUUCACACUGGAGAGAAGCUGUACCUCUGUGACCAGUGUGGGAAAGCUUUUUCCACGGCAUGUAACCUGAAAAAACAUCAAUACGUUCAUACUGGAGAGAAACCGUACAGCUGUGACCAAUGUCAGAAAACCUUUGUCUCCACAGAUCAUCUAAAAUGCCACAGACGUGUUCACACUGGAGAGAAACCGUACUGGUGUGAACAAUGUGGGAAAACAUUUUCAAAACGUAAUUCCCUUGAUUCUCACCGACGUGUUCAUAAUGGGGAGAAACCGUACUGCUGUGACCAAUGUGGGAAAGCUUUCACCACGGCACAGGUCCUGAGACAACAUCAACGUGUUCACACUGGAGAGAAACCGUACAGCUGUGAGCAGUGUGAGAAAACUUUUUCACAAAGAGGUCACCUUGUUGCUCACCGACGCGUUCACACUGGAGAGAAGCCCUACAGCUGUGACCAAUGUGGGAGUGAUUUCACCACGGCAAAGAGCCUGAGACAACAUAAACUAAUUCACUCUGGAGAGAAGCCGUACAGCUGUGACCAGUGUGGGAACGCUUUCACCACGGCACAGGUCCUGAGACAACAUCAACGUGUUCACACUGGAGAGAAACCGUACAGCUGUGAGCAGUGUGAGAAAACUUUUUCACAAAAAGGUCACCUUGUUGCUCACCGACGCGUUCACACUGGAGAGAAGCCCUACAGCUGUGACCAGUGUGGGAGUGAUUUCACCACGGCACAGAGCCUAAGACGACAUCAACGUGUUCACACUGGAGAGAAACCGUACAGCUGCGACCAGUGUGGUAAUACUUUUUCACAAAGUGACCACCUUAAUGUUCACCGACGUGUUCACACUGGAGAGAAACCGUACAGCUGCGACCAGUGUGGUAAUACUUUUUCACAAAGUGACAGCCUUAAUGUUCACCGACGGGUUCACACUGGAGAGAAGCCCUACAGCUGUGACCAGUGUGGGAGUGAUUUCACCACGGCACAGAGCCUGAGACGACAUCAACGUGUUCACACUGGAGAGAAACCAUACUGGUGUGAACAAUGUGGGAAAACCUUUUCACAAAGUGGUGACCUUAAAGUCCACUUACGAGUUCACACUGGAGAGAAACCAUACUGGUGUGACCAGUGUGGGAGUGAUUUCACCACGGCACAGAGCCUGAGACGACAUCAACGUGUUCACACUGGAGAGAAACCGUACAGAUGUAGCCAGUGUGGUAAUACCUUUUCACAAAGUGACCACCUUAAUGUUCACCGACGUGUUCACACUGGAGAGAAACCAUACUGGUGUGAACAAUGUGGGAAAACCUUUUCACAAAGUGGUGACCUUAAAGUCCACUUACGAGUUCACACUGGGGAGAAACCUUACAGCUGUGACCAGUGUGGGAACGUCUUCACCACGACACAGAGCCUGAGACAACAUCAACGCAUUCAUACUGGAGAGAAACCGUACAGCUGUGACCAGUGUGGGAACACUUUCACCACAACACAGACCCUGAGGCAACAUUAUCGUAUUCAUACUGGGGAGAAACCGUACAGCUGUGACCAGUGUGGGAGCGCUUUCACCAUGGCAACGACCCUGAGACGACAUCAACGCAUUCACACUGGAGAGAAGCCGUACAGCUGUGACCAAUGUGGGAAAGCUUUCACCACGGCACAGAGCCUGAGAAACCAUGAACGUAGUCAUACUGGAGAGAAACUGUACAACUGUGAUCAAUGUGUAAAAGCUUUCACCACAUCACAGGGCCUGAGACAACAUCAACCCAUUCACAUUGGAGCAAAGCCGUACGGCUGCUACCAAUGUCGGAAGGCUUUCACCACAGCACAGAAUCUGAGAGAACAUAUACAAGUUCACAUGGGAGAGAAACCGUACUGGUGUGAACAAUGUGGGAAAAGGUUUUCUCGGAGUAGUCACCUUAAAGUUCACCAACGCAUUCACACUGGAGAGAAACCGUACUGGUGUGAACAAUGUGGGAAAAGGUUUUCUCAGAGUAGUUCCCUUAAAGUUCACCAACGCAUUCACACUGGAGAGAAACCUUACUGGUGUGAGCAAUGUGGGAAAAUGUUUUCUCAGACUGCUGCAUAUUUAAAGGUACAUUUCCGCAUCCAUACUGGAGAGAGACCUUACAGCUGUGACCAAUGUGGCAAAACUUUCAAUGAGAUGCAGAACCUGAGAAUGCAUCAACGAAUCCAUACUGGAGAGAAACCUUACAGCUGUGACCAAUGUGGCAACACUUUCAGUAAAAUAAAUAGCCUGAGAAUGCACCAACGCAUCCAUACUGGAGAGAAACCUUACAGCUGUGACCAAUGCAACAAGUCCUUUGCUCAAAAGAGUGCAUGGAGGACCCACACAAAUGUUCAUACUGGAGAGAAACCAUACAGCUGUGACAAAUGUAACAAGUCCUUUGCUGCACAGAGUUCCUUGAGGGUCCACAAGCAUGUUCAUACUGGAGAGAAACCAUACAGCUGUGACCAAUGUGGAAAAUGUUUUCGUGUCAAAAGUCAUCUUAAUGUCCACCGACGCAUUCACACUGGAGAGAAGCCGUAUCCUUGUGACCAAUGUGGGAAAACCUUUUCUCAGAGUUCUCACCUUAAAACUCACCAACUGGUUCACACUGGAGAGAAACCCUACCACUGUCAGCUCUGUGACAAAUCCUUCACAACAGCUGGAAGUUUAAAGAUACAUCUACGGGUUCACACUGGAGAGAAGCCGUACAGCUGUGACCAAUGUGGGAAAGCUUUUACCUGGGCACAGAGCCUUAGACAACAUAAACUAAUUCACUCUGGAGAGAAGCCGUACAGCUGUGACCAGUGUGGGAAAGCUUUUACCACUGCAAAGCACCUGAAACGGCAUCAACGCAUUCACACUGGAGAGAAGCCGUACAGCUGUGACCAAUGUGGGAAAGCUUUUACCACUGCACAGCACCUGAAAGGGCAUCAACGCAUUCACACUGGAGAGAAGCCGUACAGCUGUGACCAAUGUGGGAAAGCUUUCACCUGGACACAGAGCCUUAGACAACAUAAACUAAUUCACUCUGGAGAGAACCCGUACAGCUGUGACCAGUGUGGGAAUUCUUUCACCACUGCACAGCACCUGAAACAGCAUCAACGCAUUAACACUGGAGAGAAGCCAUACAGCUGUGACCAGUGUGGGAACACUUUCACCACUGCAUGGGACCUAAAACGGCAUCACCGCAUUCACACUGGAGAGAAGCCAUACAGCUGUGACCAGUGUGGGAAAGCUUUCAAUCGGGCAGGUAACCUGAAACAACAUCAACUCAUUCAUUCUGGAGAAAAACUGUACAGUUGUGAUAAGUGUGGGAGAGCUUUCAACAACUCACCGAACCUGAGACAGCAUAAACGAAUUCACACUGGAGAGAAGCCGUACAGCUGUGAUCAGUGUGGGAAUUCUUUCACUCAGGCACGUCACCUGAGAAGGCAUGAACUCAUUCACACUGGAGAGAAGCUGUACCUCUGUGACCAGUGUGGGAAAGCUUUUUCCACGGCAUGUAACCUGAAAAAACAUCAAUACGUUCAUACUGGAGAGAAACCGUACAGCUGUGACCAAUGUCAGAAAACCUUUGUCUCCACAGAUCAUCUAAAAUGCCACAGACGUGUUCACACUGGAGAGAAACCGUACUGGUGUGAACAAUGUGGGAAAACAUUUUCAAAACGUAAUUCCCUUGAUUCUCACCGACGUGUUCAUAAUGGGGAGAAACCGUACUGGUGCGAAAUAUGUGGGAAAAAGUUUUCCUGGAUUGGUACCCUUAAAACACAUCAGCACACUCACACAAAGUCUUUCUAAGUGUUUUUAGAGCCACGCCAGCUGCUUCAUGCCUCCUCUCCAUGUACUGUGUUGUUUUAUUCUGAACUUGUCUCUGAAACUAAAGACUGACAGCAGUAACUGAGUCUGACUGAGGUGGUUUGAUCCAGUGAGGAGGAAGAGGAGAUGAAUAAACAGAGACACAAAAACACUCCAGAGUUCAAACUUAGACUGAACAAGCCUUUAUUCUUGUGGAAUUAUGAAAAAAAUCAAAAUAUCAUUUUAAACAUUGAUCUAUUGUUACUUUCAUUCUCAGCAUCAACAUGGUCAUUAUUAUUAAUGAUCUGACACCAGUAACACAAUAAAUAUCAUUAAAACAUGCACAGCCUGUAAUCGGUGCUGGAAUGUAACUCAUCACAUUUGUUCAAGUACUGUACUUAAGCAACGUUUUUUGGGAGUCGUAAGUUGAAUAUUUCCAUUUUAAAUCACUCUAUACUCAUUAUGCACUACAUUUAACUGGCAUCUUUAGUUAUUUUACCAGUUGAGAUUUAACAUGAAUUUUUUUUAAAUGUUCAAUUAUUGAAGAUUCUUACAUGAAUCCAGGAUUAAAAAACUGGAAAAAAUACAUUUUUUAUCUGGAUUUUUAUUCUGUGUUAUGUUUUUAUAUUUAGAAUUUUUAUUUUAUUUAAAUUUGUUGACUUUUUUUUAAUCUUGCCAUAUAUAUUGAUGGGGAUAUAUUGAUUUGAUAAACUCUGUAACUACUAAACUCUGUAACUUCAGUUCCUUUGAGUUAAGUUCUCCACGUCAGCAGUGUUUGCAUUACUGCUGGAAAACAUGUUUAUAUGUCUGGAUCGAUACAGAUGUUCACAUCUGCACUGACUCACCAAACAUGGAUCAUCACACGUCUCCAGCUUGGAGGGACAAAGUGCGUCUCUCUGCAAAUAACAUCUGCGUGCCAUCGGACCAUCAACUCAAUGAAUUCUUGUAACUUGGUCAGAUCUUCUUGAUCCUAUUUGGCUGAUAGAACUCUGUCCCUAUCCAGCUGAACAGUGUGAUGUGACUCUGUUUCUACAUGAUUGAUAUUCUUGUCUGACUUGUAUACUCAUCAUAAUCUUUGUAUUUUUUCUAUAUGUUAUCUUGUAUUAAAAUUACUUAAAGAAAAGCAUGUUUUAAAUACUUUUUAUUUCUAACUAAGGAAUCAUUUGUUAAAUUCCUCAAUAAAUUAGUACAUAACAGCAUAUUCUGUAGUUAAAAUGAGCCCUAUGCUGACAACAGUAAAAUGCUGCUCACAUGAAGCAGCUCCUUCAUCUGGAUUUUAAUGUUUCUUAAUAUUACCGUCAGUGGAAGAAAAUGAGCUGAACUCGGCUCUUUAUAAUGUGUCAGUUUUGCAUUUCCUCUUAAUGCUUUUAUUGUUUUAACUGAAGUACUUUGAAUGUUCGUUGUCUUUCCCCUGUUAGCACACACUUUACAAAAGGGGAAACAAAACCAUGUAGAUGUGUUUGUCAUGGAGAUUAAACAGUAUGAAGAAAAUAUAUAAUAUUGUUAGUUAACUGGUGUAUAAUUGGCAUUUGUGUAAUUUUGCUUCUCUUUCUGGAAACAAGAUGUUUUUACAUCCUGUCUAUAGUUAAAUGUUUUAAUCAAUUUUAA